AUGUCUGUUCGAUCGUUUGGUUCUGCACCGCUGCCGUCGUCGUCGUCGUCGUCGUCGUCGUCCAAUGUCGGAGCAGCAGCAGCCGCAGCAGCAGCCGCAGCAGGAGCAUCACAGCCAGCCAUCUCAGACCAAAUGCUGCCCGUCCUCAUCCACCCUGCGCAGCUCGUCUUCUACCUCAACAACCCAACAUCGCACAAGCAAAUCUUGACCAUUUACAAUCCGUACAGCAUUCCGCUCCAGUUUUCAAUUCAAGCAACUGCACCGAAAAGCUAUGUCGUACGGCCUAGCUCGGGCCUACUCCGACCAGACUCACGGAUUGACGUUAUCAUUCGGCUGGCAGACCCGCAAGGCAUGUCGCUCGCCGAUUCACAGGCCGAUCGAUUCAAGGUGAACUUGAGUAGUGCCACUCAAGGCGUGGUUGUUGGCAAACACGUCUUCAAUUCCACAAUCAUGCCUGUUGAGCCUGUUGCAGCAAACGGCAAGGGCAAUGGCGUCGAAUUAAUGGACACCAAGUCUACUGGUGACCUAUCACGGAGGAAUUUCUCAAACAUCUUUACGAGUCACGUCAUCCAGGCCAUCUUGUUUGCACUCGCACUCUUUGUGCUGGGCUCUCCCGUUGGCGCCAACUUUGGCUUGAACAGCGAAACGUCGCUCUUCCUUUUUACCUUCGCUCAGCAGUAUCACUACGCGGCGGCAUUUUUGUUAGGCAUGCUGACGAUGGCAUUUAUCCAAGCCGAUCGGCGAUGACGUUGACCGUCGAUAUGCCGUCUUUUGGACACACAGCACUCAACACCACUCGAGACAAGCGAGAUGAACGAAAGGCUUUGUUUCUGUUUGUCUGUUCAAAAACAUGAUCAACUCCAGCAAUUACAUUGGGUUCUGGAUUUUCGCAUUACUUUCCAAUCCAAAUUUAAAUCCAAC